AUGAGUCUGGGGGAGAUGGUGGAAAGUCCCAACUUCCGCCUCUACGACGCCAUGUCCGCCAUUGAGAUCAUGGACCCGAAGAUGGACACGGGCUACAAAAGCCAAGAGGACAUGACGCUCGAGAAGGCCGAGGAGCUGGGCCUGGUCUCUGACCAAGUUGAGCCCCAACUCCUGGUGGGCCUCAUGGACCAGCUUUUGAUGUACUACUUGCUGUGGCUUGAUGGCCACACGAUUGUGCAGACCUGCUUCUCAUGCCUCUAUCUCCAAGAUGCCCCAAGGUUGCUGAAGCCACUCCCGGCUUUGGGCAGCUUCGUCGAUGCCCUGCUUAUUGCGUGCCAGCAUGCGAAAGUUUGGGAUGAUGAGGACUUCAUGCCCACCAUGUUCAAUGUGGACUUCCAGGCGUCCAGCGUCUUCAGCAAUGAUUCCGCCAAGGUCAAUGAGAAAAUCAAGGCCGAGCGCGAGAAACAGGAUGCAGCCACUGCGUGUAGGUUCAUUGGCAGAUACAUGUCAGCACUGGUGGCGCUGGCGAAACCCAAGCCUUCGACGUUGUCAAGUGCCAAGGGGCUCCUCGCCAAGUGCACACAGCUCUUGCAGAAGAAGAUGCAAGACUCGGCUCAGCCGCCCAGCGAUGCUGUGAAGAAGCGUUUCGAUGCCUCCAUGAACAGAAAGCUGCUGGUGCCAGGUCCUCCUCGGCAGGUGACGCCCAUCGAGGACCCAAAAGUGGUCUUCAGCAUGUGGGCGAAGCACAUUCAUGAGCUGAGUGUCUCCUGCACCUUGCUGUCCAAGCCCUUGGGCGACCUUCUUGAUGGCGUCAUCAAGGAGGAGAAGUCUAAUGUUCUCAGUCGUUCCGUGGCGCAGCUCGUCGUCUCGGAAUCGGGUUUUGUAAGAGAGCUCAUGCAAGAGUCUCUAGAAGUCCAUCUGUUUCCAGCAGAAGCUGCGCAGCAUUGCAAGAAGCAAGCGGAACCUUUCCUCCAGCGCUGCGAGUCCAUGUUCCUGCACAUGCUGAAGCUGACGCAUCUGAAUCGCGCCCGGCGCUUUCGUAGGUUGGCUCAUGUCUUUCCAGAUUUCAAUGAGCUGCAGCACGACGCCUAUCGCCUGGACGACACAUUGAAAGCGACCUUCGGUGCAAACUUGAAAUACUCAAGGCCCACCUGGGGGUUCAUCAUGGAUCAUGCUUUGCAGGCAAUGAUCACCAAGUUGUUGAUUGGCUUUCAGCUGGACAUCUACGAAGAAGCGGAGCUGCACAUGAUCUAUUGGUACGUAGACUAUCUGUGUGGCCUCCGGAUCUACUAUCUCAAUGAGAUCUUCUUUGCAAAAGAGAACGCUGGAGCCAAGAAGAAAGCGGUCAGACCCAAGGACGCGUCAGGUAAGGGCAAUAGACCCAAGAAUCCACCCUUCAGCCUUCUGCUGCUGGAGGCCAUACAAUCCAUGGUGCGCGGCCUGUUUCGGUUGCUGGCCUAUUGCUUGGCUGAAGACCUCUUGCUGAGUCCACAGUCGGUGCGUGCGGGUCUUGCGCAACGCUUCGUGUUGAGGUUCCGGUGCUUGGAGACGUUUCGCCUCCCGCACCUACCGUCCUACCAUGACUUUGACCAAUCUGCUGUGCUGGCAGAGGAUCCAGCUGAGCGGCGGAGUGUUCUCUCAGCGGCUCAGUCAUCCUUCCAUGAAGCAUCACAACUGCUAGAGAAGGUUCAAGCAGCAUUGAAAGAGGAUGGAGCUGAGAGGGGCGAUGACUUGCCAAAAGCACUACGCAGGGUGGUGGUUGCCAACCAGCUGGGGAUCACACAGCUGAACCGCUUAGAGCACAGCGAGCUGAGCAGCAAGAAGGUGGUUGCGGAGGCUGUGCACCACCCACACUUCGUGUCCAUUCAGGUCUUGGACAAGAAAAAGGAGGCGUCAAAUGGUUCGUAA